CGGAAACAGCAUGAAAAACUUCGCGGAAAAUUUGACGGUUCUAUAUUUUGAUAAAUUGCGUAAUAAUUAUUGGUCGUCUGAUUCGUGAUGAACCUGAAGGAAUGAAGAUGGAACAGAUGAAAGCUAAGACAGGUGCAAGAAUCUGUGAAUAAUAUUGAAAGAGCCAUGAUUUUGUAUUCAUGUACCACACCAAAUCAAAGAUGGUUGGUCCUGCUGUCAACAAGACUAAAAAGUCUCCAUACCAGUUGCAGAUCAAAAGCUCACUUGAAAAGAAAAGACAAUCUGGUAUCAGUAUGUUUUCCAGUACUGCAAAGUUCUGAAACUGGCCACCAACAUUCAAUGCGAUUCAGUCUUUGUCUGAGACUUUAUUCAACAGAUGGUGGGAGUAAGGACAACAAUGAGAAAACGAAAAUAACUGAAAAGGAUGGGAGCUCAAAAUCACUCGAAGAUACAUCAAAAACAUCUGUGUCAGUGGAUCAAAGGGUCGAAAAUCGUUUGACGGAACAGUCGGAGGCUAGUAGUGAAAGAACUAAAGUGGCUCAGAGUACAGCACAGGCAAUGGAUUUCUCUGAAUCGUUCCCAAAGAAUGGCACUGGAGAAAUUGUGAAAGUGCUCAAUGAGUUUGAUAUCCCCUACAAGAAGGGACAUACAUGUUACUUCACUGUGUGCCCCAAGCUUGGAAGGAUGGCAAUGAAGAGAAUGAAGGACCACAAUCUCAUGUACAUCAAUGCAAUCUCAGGUUAUUUUCGGUGCAGUGUGUGUGGAAAGUCAGGUGACUGGCCUUAUCUGCAAGACAACUAUGCAGCACUGGCACACCUUAAACCCGCAAACAGGAAACACAUGGAAUGUUUUAAAGAUGUUCGCGAUGUGAAAGUAGAGCCAGUUGAGCCUCAUAAGGAAGUUUUACGACGCUACAAUCAGGCACAAGACUUCUCCGCCCUAUCCGAUGAUGAAUUUGAAAACCUCCUGUCUAUAUUUGAUUGGUCUGGCCUACACCAGAAGACUUUCCAGAAGUUUGGUGUUCGAUGGACGCUAGAUGGGGGAAAGUAUCAGGUAGUGUUUCCAGUAUUUUCUCCACAAGGCGUUCUCACGUCCCUAAGGGUUUUCACGGGAAGCCUGUCUGAGGAAGGGGACAUCAGUGUAGGGCCCACACACAGCUAUCCAAAGAAGGCAGUGGAUGUGUUUGGAUGGCAGAUCCUGACAGGGGCAGGUACAUCUCGAAGAUUGAGGCCCCAACAGGUGGUCAUAACAAACAGAGAGGUGAAUGCAAUGGCGGUGUUCCAGGAGACAGGAAUUCCUGCCUUUGUGUUGGAAAAUGCAUCACACCUACCUCAGGAGUUGUUGCCUUACCUGGAGCAGUUUGAGUCCAUUAUUCUCUGGCUUGGUACGGACAUAACAGCCUGGCAGAAUACAAAACCAUUCGCCAAGAAACUCGAUGAGAAGAGAGUCUAUAUAUUUAGGCCAACAGUAUUGAAGCACAUGCCCUUGGAGUGUGUGCAAUGUGGGGAUGACGUACGUGAUGUGCUCGAUCAGGCGUGUUUCAUCAGCCACAAGGACGUCCUCUCCACCCUCAAUUUGCGCGAUGAGGUUUACGCAGAACUACAGCAGUUUGAUAAGGUCGCAGGGGUCAAGUGGAAACGUUAUGAGAAGUUGAAUGAGAUCUUAAAGGGGCAUCGGCGUGGGGAGUUGACAGUCCUUACAGGGCCAACGGGGUCAGGGAAGACAACGUUUGUGUCUGAAUACUCACUGGACCUCUGCAUGCAAGGGGUGAACACUCUAUGGGGUAGCUUUGAAAUCAACAAUGUCCGGCUUAUCAAAUGUAUGCUACAACAGUUUGCAGGUCGUAACAUGACGAAGCAUAUCAAGGACUUUGACGAAGUGUACGGAGAGUUUUCCCGACUUCCCAUGUACUUCAUGCGGUACUUCGGUCAACAAAACAUUGAUAAAGUGCUGGAGGUGAUGACUCAGGCCGUCUACAUCCACGACAUUAGCCAUGUGGUGAUCGACAACCUACAGUUUAUGAUGGGCAUGGACUAUACAGAGUUUAACCGCUGGAUAAAACAGGAUCUUGUUGUCAGCAUGUUCAGACAGUUUGCUACAGAGAAAAACUGCCAUGUCACACUCAUACUGCAUCCUAGAAAGGUGCGGGAAGGGGAGGAGCUUUCCACUGCUGCCAUAUUUGGAAGCGCCAAGGUCACUCAGGAAGCAGACAAUGUGAUACUUAUUCAGGAUCAGAGACUGGUCAAAGUCAUGGGCAAAAAGUACAUACAGGUGGUAAAGAACAGGUUCGAUGGUGACUUAGGAAUGAUCCAACUGAACUUUGACAAAGCCAGCAACAGCUUUCUCCUCGGCAGACAGAAACAAUCCAAACCAAAGCAGCCAGAGAGUGUUGAUGAGUCUUUUCAAUAUGGCGAUAUAGAUGGCGACAAGGACUGAAACCAUGGACAGCUUUUGCUGCACGGUUUCCUUUGACGGAAAAAGCUCUCCUAUUGUGACUUUCAAAGUGUGAUUCCCAGCAAGUGCUCUAGAUGUGUUGUUAGUUCUUAAUAUUAAUUGUUUGCGCCAGUGCUGUUCAUAAUGAUGUGUUCAGAAGUUUAAGUUGUUAUAUAUUAACAAGUUGCAUUGUGAUCCUUCAGUGGUUAUAUGGUUGAAGUGUGAAAUGUUUUGCGAAGAAAUGUGCUGGGGUUUUUUGGUGAAUGCUAUAGGUUGUGUUCAAGAAAAACCUUGAGUGUAGUAUUACAUGUUGAUCAAUUACAAGACUCUCUGUGCCAAAUGUUAUGUUAAUCUGCUAGAUUUUUAUUAAAUUUAUUAUUAUUAAAUUUAUUCUGUGGAGCUAGUGGGGGGUUUUUGAGAGAAAAUGGGGCCCAAUUUCAGCCCCUUUCACAAUCCCAAAAAUUAUACUAUUUUCACACAACAAUGGAAUCAAAUUCAACUAUCGAAAAAAACUUUUCUCCAACUGCUAUCAAGUCAGUAAGUACAAUUACGUUUAAAUGCUGUCUUAUUCUUUUAAAAUUUGGCCAGUGUUUGAAUUAUACAUUGGCAAAUUUUGAGUCAUAUUUUAGCUAUUCUCACAAUUCAAAGGUCAUUAAAAGGUGGGGGGAAAACUUUUACACAAAAAGUAACUUAUAUGAUCUUGAAAAUACCUAUCAUUGUCGAAACCUGCCACAGUUUGUGCCACCAUUCUGGGUGUUUUUUUCAGUCAAAGAAACUAUGAUGUUAUAUUUGAUGCUUGCAUCAUAAUUUAUUGUAAGACCUUUAUCCGUUUGUUGCUAUCAUAUGCUGUACGGUUGCAUUGUAGAUUAUACAUGUGCUUGUGUAGAAUAGCAAAUUCCCAGUAAAUUUAUUAGUAUUAUAUUGUUAAGGUGCUUUAUAUCUGUGUUCUUCCUAUAUCAAUAUUAUCCGUGUCUCAUUAUCAUUGUGUUGUUAAAAAAUGGGCCGAUUGCUCAGAACUUUGUUAAAGUGAACAACUUGAUUAACGAUAUGUUGUUAAAUUUGAAACAUGAAAUAUUUCAUGAUGUGCUCAAGUAUUAAUAUAAAGUGAGUACAACUGAAAACGUUGACUCAAAUCUUGGUAGAAAUACUACAGAUAAAAGGAAUAUCCAUAUUAAACUUUCAGAGCAGAAGAGAUUCUAAAUGUUAACAAUGUAGACGUUCACAAUGUUGUUAACUUUUACAAAGUUUGAUGAAUCGACCUGUUGUUUUUGAAUCUUGUUUUGUUUUGCUUUAACCCCAAUGUUUGUAAAAAUACAUGUCUUGAAAUAAUAGGAAAACUGAGACAAAAAUAUCUUGUAUCAAAUUUUAUCUUCUGACAUUGAUCUUUUUUUGCAAAAAAUAAUUUUUAUUGAACAUGAAUAUUGAUCAUGCAUUUGUUAAAAUACAACUACUGUUUGCAAAAAAAAAUAAGCCAAGUAUACUCAUCAAGCAGUUUAUAAUAUCAUGUUCAUAAUGUCAUUUUGCUGAAAAGAGUCUAUUCCAGUACCGCCCCAAAAGCAGUAUUGAAGUUUUUCGCACUUCGAAGAUAUUUGUUUGUGACCUUGUGAGAGUUAUUUAAAGCUUCUGUUUAAGUGUUGAAGUGAAACCAAUUCAAACUGUACAUGUAUAGAUGCUUUGCGGGA